GCGACGUCUGUCAAAACGAAUCUCUUUUCUCUCUUUCCGGCAUCUUUUGCAAUUGUGUGAACACACUUUUGUGAAGUUGUGAAGUAGUUUUUACUUGAAAACUUGCUGUUCUAUCCGCCAAGAUGCCACCAAAGUUUGACCCCAAUGAGAUUAAGCACGUUUAUCUAAGAUGUGUCGGCGGAGAAGUCGGUGCCACUUCGUCUUUGGCCCCCAAGAUUGGUCCCCUUGGUUUGUCCCCAAAGAAAAUCGGUGACGACAUCGCCAAGGCUACCGGAGACUGGAAGGGUUUGAAGAUCACCGUCUGCUUGACCAUCCAGAACCGACAGGCUGCCAUCUCGGUUGUCCCAUCUGCUGCUUCGCUGAUCGUGAAGGCCCUGAAGGAACCACCACGUGAUCGUAAGAAGGUCAAAAACAUCAAGCACAAUGGCAACAUUACGUUUGAUGAAGUCGUCAGCAUUGCCCGAGUUAUGCGACCUCGCUCAAUGGCCCGUGAACUGUCUGGUACCUGCAAGGAAGUGCUGGGUACGGCUCACAGUGUCGGCUGCACGAUCGAUGGACGUGCACCACAUGACGUCAUUGAUGACAUCAACAGUGGAGCGAUUGAGUGUCCAACUGAAUGAAUGUGAAAAUUAUAUUGAGUUAUGAGGGAAGGUUCAAUAAAAACUAUUAUUAAAUGA